GGAUUUUAGCAGAGACCCGUAGGAUUGUAGCUCCAGGCUGGGCUGUUAGAGAAGUUGAAGAUUUCAAUGUCAAACUCCGAACUAGGGGGCCUCCUCCAAACGCCCAAGUAUCAACAGGGCACUGAGGGGCCGAAGGAGGGAAGAGGAGCAGCUCAGCACUAGAGUGCUUGAUAGCAGGCAUGAAGCCCUGGGUACAUUUAAUCCCUAAUCUCUCUCUCUCUCUCUCUCUCUCUCUCUCUCUCUCUCUCUCUCUCUCUCUCACACACACACACACACACACACACACACACACACAAGUCCUAACAGACCAGGGUGUGGGUGUGUGGACAGGAGCACUCACACAAACAGCCACAUAGACUCCCCAACAACGCCACCACCCUUUUCAUCUGAGAAAGGGAGGAGGGCAGGAGCCCAGCUCCACCCUCUCCAGUCCCUCCCCCUCUUCUGUGUUGUGCCCCAUCAGACGUCAUCAGGCAUCCGGCCUGGGAGGUGUGUGCCUGAGAGUCAAACCACAAGAAAUCUGGACACCUGUGCUUGCAAACCAACAUAUGGGAAUGGGGAGACGCAGACCACAUCCCUGAAGGACCAGGAGCAGGAUGCCCCCGCCAGCCUCGGUAAGACACAGUUCUUGAGACUCUACAGGCUUGCUAUCUGCCUGGCCAGGUGCUGCCUAUGUUGGGAGAGAAAGAUCGAACCUGGUCCCAAUUCACAGGAGUCAGGCGAGAGGAGGAAGCCUUUGCUCUGCUGAACUGUGCUCCCCACUGACUGCACUUUGCCUCUCUACGGUGAAUGCAGCUUCAAGGGCCUGUCUUUGUGGGUGUGCCCCUCCUGGGACCCAUCCUGAUUUGCAUGUUCACUCCUAAUGAUUUGUCCGAUUGGUGUGAGGAUGACAGGAAGCUGUCGUGGUGUCCACCCCACAAGGUCAUAUUGCCUGUGUGGGCAACCAUCUACUCUGUCAUGGGCUAUGCCUCCUACCUGGUGUGGAAGGACCUGGGAGGGGGCUUCCGGUGGCCCCUAGCACUGCCCCUUGGCCUCUACACUUUCCAGCUCACCCUCAGCUGGACCUUCUUGGUGCUCUUCUUGACAGCCAACAACCCUGGGCUGGCCCUCCUGGACCUGUUGCUCCUCUAUGGGCUGGUGGCAAGCAUGGUGCUCAUCUGGCAGCCGAUCAACAAGCUGGCUGCUCUGCUCCUACUGCCCUACCUGGCCUGGCUCACUGUGACUACCGCCAUCACCUACCGCCUGUGGAGGGACAGCUUAUGUCCAGCGUACCAGCCUUAGCCAUCAAGAAGAGCAACUGAGGCGCCAGGGAACAGGGAGGUGGUAAGUGGGAGGAGUAGUUGUAGAGCUAGAGACACUUGAUGUGGCCACUCUCCUUAGACUUUGGAGAAAUAGAAAAGAGGAGGGUGUUUUCUGAUACAUAAUAAAAUCCUGUUGUUGACUUUGAGGGUGUGAUGUUAAGUGGACAUGGAUGCAUAGCGUCCAGCAUCCAGGGCUGCAGAGUGGGAGCCUCCCCUGUAGGAGUGACGAGUGGAUGCAGGAACACACGCUGGGUAGGGUGACCACCAUGUCUCCUCUCUCAUGCCUCCCCAAGCCCAGACCAGGGGUUAGCAUUUAACGCUUAUCUCAGGAACAGAAUCUCGGGCCAGCAAGAUCAGGUAAAGUCCUUCCCACUAAAACAGAAUGAAACCUGAUUUCUAUCCCUGGGGACCACACGGUGGACAGGAAAAAAUGAAUCCCGAAAGUUGUCCUUUGACCUCCACAUAAGCACUGUGAUAUACACACAUAUAUACACAUGUGCAUACAUGCACAUGUGCGUACAUGCACACACCCACACCAAAUAGAUGAACAAAUAAAUAAAAAAUGGAAUCUUG